UACUUGAGACAAGAUAUAUCACCAGCCAGUUAUCAGUGUGUAACUUAUGUACUUUUCUUCAAUUGGCUGCAUAACAAUCCAAGCUGCUGAUUUUCACUAGUUCCUGACCAUCAAAUUGCGCUCUUAAAACACACUGUUCUUUUGAGUAACACACAGUUGAAAAAAAGAGAGAAUAAUGAAAGAAAGGAAUGUGCUGAUGAUUGCUCAGAGAAUGGUAUCUGAUGCAUCUCCUUCAUCAACUCCAAGAUCUCCAGCUACACAACCACCUUUGCCAACACCAUCACCAUAUUCGUUUUCUGUGGCAUCGACAAGGUUGAGCUCAAGGCCUUCUAUUCAUACAUAUGAUCUUACCCUCAGGUCACUGUCACUUCUCUUCUCCUUCAUCUCCGCUCUCUCACUAGCUGCACCAGAAGGGACCAAACGAAAAACGAUUUCCAGAUUCUAUGAUCACCCAGAAUUAACGUACUGCUUCACAGUAACUAUAUUACUUUUUAUCUACUCGGCCUUUCAACUCUUCAAAAGAGUUUGUGACAUUGCUUAUAGAGGGGUCUUGAUCUCGGAUAUGACCUCUGACUACCUCAGUUUCAUAUUUGAUCAGUUGGCAGGUUACCUCCUUGUGUCUUCUUCUUCAGUAACCAUACCAGUCAUUCAACAGAUGAAUAGCCAAAGCUCUCUCUGGAAGGCGGCUGUUGUUGCUGUUUGCAUGUCAUUUAGUGCUUUCAUGGUCAUUGCAGUCUCCGCUCUCUUAUCAGGCUACAAGCUGUGCAAAAGGAUCAUAUGGUAAUGCACUGGGAAUUGGACGCGCAUCCUUCAACUCCAGGAUUGACAAAGCUAGCAUAGAGUGUAAAAUGGGGACAUAAUUUCUUCACCACUUUUUUGUUUCCAUCAAGAAUGUUUGGCAUAUACCUACUGUCCCCGACUAAGCUAUUGGUCUGGCAGAAGUUAAUAAGAAGAGGGUUCGGAAGUUUAUAGCAAAGAAGAGAUGAUAUUUUGGUAGAAACUAUCCAUAUUUUAAUUGUGUCUUGUCAUGGUGAAUAAACAGUGUAAAUAGAACAGU